UAAUAUGUUCGUUUUAUUUGUUCACAGAUUAAAAAAUGCGGUCGAUAUACCUCACAACAUUCUUCAUAACAUUAUGUGCUACAACAAAAUUCGUGAAAUACACGCCAAAGAACACAACCAUGUUCAGAGACGAACAGAUCAUCUUCUCAUCACCAUUCAACAUCACCAAGCUAUUAGUACCAGCUGAUGGCCAGAAGUACCUUCAAGCAGAAUCGUCUGACAUCCCAUCAAUAUUCUUCACUGUGUCAGACCCUAAGUCAGAAGGAGGCAGCUGUAUAUACGUCCUCGAAGGAUUUGCAGCAUACGAAAUUCUUGAAGGUGGAAGAGAUUCUACAGCAGAUUACAGCUUCGAAAAAGCCAUUUAUUUUGGAGCUAAAGAUGGCUUAUACAAGUACCACCCAGACACACUUUCAGCAAAGAAAUUCGGGCCAUUCAGAGACGAUAUAAUACAACUCCAAAAAGCAAAUGGUACAGAUGCUAUUUACAUCUUAAAUUCCGAACAUAAAGUCUACAAAAUUGAAAAGAAUGGAACUGUAAAAACUAGAAUGCAGGGCAUUGGUUGUGCGCUAGAAUUUGUUCUGGACACUUCUAAUAACAUUUACUAUGUAUCCUGUGGAGACCGUAUGCCACAUAUUAUUAAGUCAGAUGGUAACGUACUAAGUUUGACAGCAAGUGUAAUAGAAGAUUUUAAAGACAUAAAAUUAUUGAGGCCGGCUUUCAUUAUGGAGAACUGUAUACCGUUUUUCGGAGAUGGCGUGCUAUAUAUUUUGUAUUCAAAUGGAACAUAUGAGAAAAAGGACCUGGUUAUAAAGGAGAGACCAUCAGCUUUCAGUGUCGAUGCUGCUUUGUAUCUGGUUGCAGCUUUAAACGGCAAAAUUUACGAAUUCAAUGUAAUGGAAGUUUUAAUCAGAUCAAUGUUUGGUGUAGCUGCAGAAUGGCCUAAAGAUGUGACGAAGAUUAUUAUGUCGAUCAUUGAAACGGCUAAAGAUUCUAUUUUUGGAUUUGCUAGAGAAGGAUAGGAUGGUAAUAAUGUUCCUUGUGAUCAAGCUCACCAUAAGAGUGUCAAUUUUAUAGCUUUACCUAAUGGAGUGUUACUGACAAAUUAUAGAUGGCUUCAUGAAAGGGCUCAUUCGCUUUCGUAAGAUGAAAUAUCU